GAGAUCCCCCUUGUCCUACACUCCUCCAUUCCGAUAGUACUAGUACAACUACAAACCUUGCUUGCAAGUUGCUGAAUAGUAGUGGAGCAGUGGAGCAGCAGCAGUGGCAUAUAAACACACACACACAGCAGCAACAGCAGCCUCCUCCUAGCUAGAUGCUGGUGAGGCAAAGUUCAGUGAUCACUUGCUUCAAAGGGUGCAGCAGUGUAGGAGAGGUGAGGAGGCACAGGAAGAAGACAACCACAUACUAUUGCCACUCUCUCCUGUGACUGUGUGUGUGUGCGCGUGUGCGUGCUUGCUAGAUCCAGACAAGCUGUGGAAGCAAAAGGAGGAUGGCUUGUAGCUUCCACUUUGUUCCCUUGCUCCUCCUCCUCACCUUGCUCUUGCUCAUCUCCUCUGCCAGUAGAACUGCUGCAUUGCCCUCCAUGCGCAGUAGCAGUGAAGACACCGCCAGUAAUGCUACUGCUGCUGCAAGGCUUAGGCCAGGGAAGGAGCUGCUUAAGUACAAGAGGAUCAGGGCUCUCCUCAAGAAACUCAACAAGCCUUCUCUCAAGACCAUUCAGAGCCCAGAUGGUGAUCUCAUAGACUGUGUUCCCUCUCAUCUCCAACCUGCAUUUGACCAUCCAAAGCUCAAGGGACAAAAGCUUCUGGACCCACCGGAGAGGCCCAAGAACUACAACCUCACCAUUGCCGUCAGCAGCAGCAGCAGCAGUAGAGUAGGUGAGGUGGUGGUGCAGGCCUGGCAUGCCGCCGGCGAGGAGUGCCCGGAAGGGACGGUGGCGAUACGCCGGACGACGGAGAAGGACCUGCUCAGGGCCAGCUCCCUCCGGAGGUACGGCAGGAAGCCGGCACGCCGGAAUAUUCGCCGUGAUUCCACCAGCAACGGCCAUGAGCAUGCAGUUGGAUAUGUGAACAAUGAUAAUUACUAUGGGGCCAAAGCUAGUGUUAAUGUGUGGUCACCAAGGAUAGGUGACCCAUCUGAGUUCAGCCUGUCACAGAUCUGGGUUAUCUCUGGCUCCUUCGGCAAUGAUCUGAACACCAUUGAAGCUGGAUGGCAGGUCAGCCCUGAGCUGUAUGGAGACAGUAACCCAAGGUUCUUCACAUAUUGGACAACCGACGCAUAUCAAGAGACCGGUUGCUACAACCACAACUGCCGUGGAUUUGUCCAAACGACCAACAAGAUCGCGAUCGGCGCGGCUAUCACGCCAGAAUCGGUGUACAACGGAAGGCAGUUUGACAUUACCCUGAUGCUAUGGAAGGACCCCAAGCAUGGGCACUGGUGGUUAGAGCUGGGCCCGGGUAUGGUGGUGGGGUAUUGGCCAUCGUAUCUGUUCACCCACCUGGCGCACCACGGCAACAUGGUGCAGUUUGGCGGCGAGGUGGUGAACACGCGGCCGUCGGGGUCGCACACGGCGACGCAGAUGGGGAGCGGUCACUUCCCCGGCGAGGGGUUCGACCGCGCCGCCUACUUCCGCAACCUGCAGGUGGUGGACUGGGACAACAGCCUCAUCCCGGCGGCCAACCUCAAGCUCCUCGCCGACCACCCUGCCUGCUACGACAUCCAGGGAGGCUCCAACUCCUACUGGGGCAGCUACUUCUACUACGGCGGCCCCGGCAGGAAUGUCAAAUGCCCUUGAAAGGAUCUCGCUCUCUCCAUCUCUUGUUGCUUGAUGGCCGGUCACUCUUGUUUUUCUUUUUUUGUUCGUUUGUUUGUUUGUUUUCUUUCUUCUGUGUUCUUCUUUGUGAUAGAGAUUGGUUAGUGCAUUAAUGCUAGGAUAUUACUCUAUUUGUUAGGUCUUAGCUUGAGCUGCUGAAUGCAUAUGGGAGCAAUUAAAUUGAGAGGGAUUUGUAAAUUUGAGAAGCACCUUGAUUUUGGGAUCAAUAUAUGCAUUCAGUUCACAGAGUAGCGCUGGUUCUUCUA